CGUGGACAGCUCACCUCCUACGCUGACCUUCUCUUCACCGUCCAGCAGCGCGUUUGCAUAUUCAUGCUCUUCGUGAUCGGACGUCGCUUCCGCAUCCUCCGCUGGGACAGAGCAGGUGUCAUCGUGACCAAGUCAAUCGAUUAUUUCGAAGACUGGAACCCUCUGUGCAACUUCUUCUGGUGCAUCUCACGUCUACCUGACAACAAGCUAGGCUUUGACCCUACUGCCACGCGUCUCUUUGAGACCGAUCCAGAGUGGGAGCAGAUGGACACCUUUGCCACCGCCCUCGAGUCCGACGUGAGCAGUGAACCACGACCGCUCGAGGAUGGAGAGCUCGAGCUCAAAUCAGAGAUCGAGGAUGCGGAAGGGCCUGGCUUCCUCCGCGUCCCGGACUCAGGGAAGACACGGGACUAUCUUGUGGGGAAACCCACUGUUUACGCGAGCGGAGCGAUAGGCCGCGGUACACGUGGCUAUGUGGGUCUCGACGUUCAAACUGGCCGCUUUGUGCGGCUCAAGGAUGCAUGGCGUGCUUCGUACGAUGAGAUGGAGAAGGAAGGCACCAUCGUGGAGCGCCUCAAUCAUGCUGGUAUCACUGGUGUUCCAACCGUGAUCUGCCACGGGGACGUUGAUAGGCAGAGGACGGCGACAGCUGCUUGCACGAAAUCGGACUGUCCUCUUCGGCAGCACCGACAUUAUCGUAUCGCUGUGUACGAGGUUUGCAUGCCUCUCAAGGAAUUUCAGCACGGGCAGCAACUAUUAUCUAUCGUCCUGGAUUGCUUGCGAGCUCAUCAUCAGGCGGCUACAAAUCCCAAGACUCAGCUUCUUCAUCGCGACAUCAGCGGCGGCAACAUCCUUAUCUAUCCCAAGGUGAGAUGCGACGAGGACGGCCAGAAUCCUUCGUUGGUGUGGUCCGGCAUCCUUAGCGAUUGGGAGCUUUCAAAGCCCGUUGGAGUUCAGGAAGCAGCAUCAAGGGCUACGCAAGCAGAACGCAUGGGAACCUACCAGUUCAUGUCCGUCAAUCUCCUCACAAACAUCACUAAGCCCGUCGAGAUCUCGGACGAACUCGAGUCUUUCUUCCACGUCCUCGUCUACUACGCCAUCCGCUAC